CGACUCCAUGCCACCGGCUACAUCAGCUCAACAUUCCUCUUUGGUGCUGCCCAAAGUUAUGGGAACCAGGUUGGGGAACACACGCUGGGUACCGUCCACACCCACAGUGCCCACUUCAAGGUGGAUCUGGAUGUAGGAGGACUAGAGAACUGGGUCUGGGCUGAGGACAUGACCUAUGUCCCCACGGCGGUACCCUGGAGCCCCGAACACCAGAUGCAGAAGGCUGCAGGUGACCAGGAAGCUUCUGGAGACUGAGGAGCAGGCCACCUUCCCCCUGGGGGGCACCCCACCCCGUUACGUGUACCUGGCCAGCAACCACAGCAACAAGUGGGGUCAUCCACGGGGCUACCGCAUCCAGUUGCUCAGCUUUGCAGGGGAGCCGCUGCCCCAGAACAGCUCCCUGGAGAGAGCCUUCAGCUGGGGGAGGUACCAGCUGGCCGUAACGCAGCGGAAGGAAGAAGAGCCCAGCAGCACCAGCAUCUACAAUUUGAAUGACCCUUGGACUCCCACUGUGGAUUUCACUGACUUCAUCAAUAAUGAGACCAUUGCAGGGCAGGACUUGGUGGCCUGGGUGACAGCUGGUUUCCUGCACAUCCCUCAUGCAGAAGAUGUUCCCAACACGGUGACUGUGGGCAACGCUGUGGGCUUCUUCCUCCGACCCUACAACUUCUUUGACCAGGACCCCUCCUUCGAUUCUGCAGACUCUGUCUAUUUCCAGGGGAACCAGGAUGCCGGGGCCUGCGAGGUCAACCCCCUGGCUUGCCUUCCUCAGUCUGCUGCCUGUGCCCCAGACCUCCCUGCCUUCUCCCACGGGGGCUUCUCUCACAACUAGGGGGCCCCCCAGAAUGGGGAAUAUGGCCGGCGCCCCGGGGCCAGGGUGUGUGGGGAGGGGAACAGUGGGCCCCGGGCCAGGCGGCCUGGUGCCUUCUUCUACCUUCCACCACAAAGCUCCUCACUUCCCCUUCUCCCCAGGCCCCCUUUCUAUCGCCCUCCCUGACACCCUCUCCCUGCUGGGAGCCUCCUGAGCCUGUGAUGCCUGGCACUGGGGGAGGGGCAGAGACACCAGUCAGCUUUGUGGUCACUGGAUCUGCUGGGUUCCUGUGCCAGAAAGAAUGGCCCCCUGAAGCCGGGACUAAAGGCCAAACUUUUCCCAAAAGACUCCUAUUUCUUCUAACAGUUUUUUAAUCUUACUUUUUUUAAAACAAGAUAUGAUUCACAUGCCAUUAAAUCCAUACUGUUAAUAUGUCAAGUUAGAGGUUUUUAGUGUAUUUACAGAGUUGUGCAACCACCACCCAUAUCCAAUUCCAGAGUGUUUUCAUCAUCUGAAAAAGAAACCCAGACCUGUCAGCACUCACUCUCUUUUCCCUCCAACCCCUUCCUGGCUCUAGGCAACUACUUGUCUUUCUGUCACUAUAGAUUUGUGUAUAUUCUGGACAUUUUGUAUAGGUUCAUACGGUGUGUGGUCUUUUGUGAUUGGCAUCUUACCCCCAGCACCACGUUUCUGAGGCGCAUCUGUGUCUUAGCAGGUGUGGGUACUUCGUCCUUUGCGGCUGAGCACUGUUCCACUGCACAGAGAGACCACAUAUUGUUCACCCAUUCUUCCACGGAUGGCCAUUCGGGUUGUUUCCUUUUGUAGACAAUGCUGCUGUGAACAUUCAUGUACAAGCUCUUACGUGGACAUAUGUUUUCGUUUCUCUUCGGUCCACACACCUGAGCAUGGAACUGCUGGGUCAUAGGGUCAUUCUAUGCUUAACCUUUUGAAGAACUGUACACUGUUUUCCAAAAUGAUGGGAUCAUUACUUUUCCUUUCUUCUUUUAUUGUGCUAAAACAUACAUUACAUAAAAUGUACAAUUUGAUCUUA